UCCAGGACCCCGCUUUGAUCUUCAGAUACCAUAUACCUCGCUCUCCACUGAGAAAUUUGAUGCCUCAAGCAUGGAUAGAAACGAGAAUGUCAAUAUUACACUGAUCGGCGCCGGGACAAUAGGAUUAUCAUUCGCUGCUUUCCACCUCGCUCAUCUCCCCUCUCCGUCACAACUCACAAUCUACGACACCCGACCAGACCUAGCUCGGUACAUCCAGGAGACCCUACCAAAUUUCUACAGUGGUAAAGACAUUUCAUCAACCAUACUAAAAAUCAACGUCGUAUCAUCACUCGAAGACGCAGUGAGGAACGCCACAAUCAUCCAGGAAUCAGGCCCAGAGAACCUCGACAUCAAACGCAAACUGUGGGCCCAGGUAGAAUAUCAUGCACCAAAAGAUUCUUUGCUCUGGACCAGUACGAGCGGUAUUCCCGCAUCACAUCAAUCGCGAGACAUGAGUGACAAAACGCGACUGCUAGUAGUUCAUCCAUACAACCCGCCUCACAUCAUGCCACUCCUUGAACUUGUGCCGUCGCCUUCCACAUCAGACACCGUCAUUCAACGGACCAAAGCGUUCUGGGAGUCCCACCAUCGAACGCCCAUCCAUAUUAAGCGCGAAACUACUGGGUUUGUAGCCAACAGACUCGCUUUCGCACUGCUCCGCGAAGCAAUCCAUUUGGUCUCCGAAGGUGUAGUUUCGGUAUCCGAGCUUGAUAAGAUAGUGGAGAACUCUAUGGGGCCUCGAUGGGCUGUGGCGGGGCCGUUCAAGAGCUAUCAUGCUGGGGGCGGAGCGGCUGGCUUGGAAGGAUUCUUUGGAAACAUUGGACAAACAGUGCAGAACUGUUGGGAUGAUGCCGGGCAGGUAAACGUUGGGGAGGGUUGGGAAAAGGGCGUCUUUGACAUGGCGAAGGAUGAAUAUGGAACGGUGGAUACGGAAGAAAGGGACAGGAUUACACGGAGAAUCUUGCAGGUGAUACAGGAAGAGAAGAUGGGGAAGGUGUACGGUGAUGUUGAGCCCUCGAGCUCUUAGCCCACUCAUUCGCGGAUUAGCGUAAGGACCCAUCAGAUGGAAAUGUUUGGGUACAGGUGAUUCAGUUUAGAUCAUUGAGAUUCGAUAGAUCUGAUGCUAUGUGCAGGCCCUUUGGAGAUGCAGCACCAUGGGUUUCAUAGAAGCUCCGUAGAAUAGACGGCCAAAACCUCACUCCAACCAGCCAACGUGUUGCGUAUUAUCGUUAUGCGAAGGAUACCUCUGCACCUACAAACUAUGCGCUCAUGCGAACUACAUCAACACUCCCUCCGUCAUAACACCAAUAGCACGGUAAUCCAGUGAGCGGAACGCGAAUAAACUUUGGCUCCGGUCCCCUUCAAGAAUUCGAUAUUCAUGCCAACACGGACUGCUCAAUAACCGUCCCACCGCCACCCUAACCUUCCAAAACGGGAAUAGGCAAGUAGGUGAGUAGGAGAAAAACAAGGGUGGGAGCGGAUGUGGAUUACCAGGGGGUUGCGGCGGCGGGUUUUGUCAUGACUUCUUCUGCGAGUUUUAAGUUGUUUGACAAAUGGUGGCGUUUCAUGUGUAGGAAGGCAGUCAUCUUGGCGCUGAUCGGAUAACUUGAAGUGCCGAUUUCAAUACGAGCAGAUGCGUUUUCCCUAUUCUGUCCUUCCCUUUUGGCUUGCUCGCUGCGUGAAACCGGUGAGGAGGCUCGGUUCGAAACAGUGUCGCUUGUUCGGGUCGUUGAGGUGCGAGCAAAGGCGGAACGGUUAAUGGCUCCCCUGAGAAGACUGUCUUUUGACAAGACUAUGACAAGGUCUUGGCGUAAAAAAGAAGGAAUCUUGACAUG